AUGAGACUCCACAAGUUCCGUAAUAGAUCUCACUUUUCAAGAGACGCAGAGCGGAUUUGCGAGAAAACAUACUACUCGCAUGUGCCCCAUUAUUGGACCGGAAGCAACACUCUCAUCCUGUUUAUAAAAACUGAAUAUCCGUCUUCUUCGCUAACGCGUCUUCCUGAACUAUCCUGGAUAUCCAUUGACUAUCACUCAAAUGUAAACGAACGCUACAAAGCAUUCCACGAAUUCCGUGGUAAAUCUCGCCUUUCAAUAGUCGCGAAGCGCAUUUACUAG